AAGAAACGCAGGGAAUAUAACGUCGGUGCUAAUAGACUCCGAUUUUUGAGCAUUUAAGAGCUUCAGAGAGGAAGAGCAAUCAAAAAGCUUCUAACUGCUCACGAAAAAAGAGAAUAUUCGAAACUCUGCUCUGUGUCAGUGAUUAUCUAUAAAGUGUGGCACUUGUAAUUAUUUUUCCUAUCAAAUAAUAUCUUUUCGUCACCAGAAGGACUUAAAAUGUCAACAACAAAGCCGUUUAAAGUGCUGAUAGCACAUACCGAUGUUCCGCCAGAGGGAAUUGAAAUCCUGAAGGAGCAAUGCGAGAUCCUGCAAGUAAUAAAUGAACCUCCAAAAAAUCGGCCUGAAAUUCUAGAAAAGAUCAGGGGGGCUCAUGCCGUUAUUUGGGGUGGUCGGGACAUACUCAAUGCCGAGAUUCUGGACGCCGCUGGUCCGCAAUUAAAGGCGGUAUCCACCAUGUCGUCGGGGAUAAACAAUGUGGAUGUGCCGGAGCUAAAGAAAAGGGGUAUCCCCUUGGGAAGUACUCCUGCGAUGCUGACUGUUGCGGUAGCCGAUCUUACGGUGGGCCUGUUGAUCGCCGCUGCCCGGAGGUUCCAAGAGGGUCGAAGGAAGAUAGACAGUGAUAAAUGGGAUAAGGACCAUCUUAACUGGAUGCUGGGUCAGGAUAUCCGUGAUUCCACCGUGGGCUUCUAUGGCUUUGGAGGCAUUGGCCAGGCAGUGGCUAAGCGUUUGAUGGGAUUCGAUAUUAAGCGCAUGUUAUAUACCACCCGGAAUCGCGUUAGCCAGGAUAUCGAGGAGCGGUUCAAUGCCAAGAAGGUGGAUUUCGAAACGCUUCUGGCGGAAAGUGAUUUCCUCAUCAUUGCAUCCCCAUUGACCAAGGAGACAUUGGGAUUGUUUAAUGCCACCGUCUUUAAUAAAAUGAAAGAAACGGCAGUACUGGUCAACGUUGGCAGGGGCAAAAUUGUCAACCAAGAUGAUCUUUACGAGGCGCUUAAAUCAAACCGAAUUUUUGCUGCUGGACUAGAUGUUAUGGAUCCGGAGCCCCUUCCUUCCAACGAUAAAUUACUUACUCUAGACAAUGUUGUGGUUACUCCUCAUGUGGGCUAUGCCACCCGGAGAACCCGUGUUGAUGCAGCCAAUUUGGCUUCGCGUAAUGUGCUCAAAGGAUUGGCAGGAGAGCCGAUGUUGUCACCCGCCUACUAAAAUCUAUCUAAUCGGAAACAGAAAUCAAUGAUUGAAAGUAUGUGAUUUAAUUACAAAACUAACUUGUCGAAACGUU